AUGGCCGAUCCGGUGGGAGAAGACGGAUGGCUUGCGCUCCUCGACGAGGCAAGUAGGACCGCCUGCGACCUUACUCAGAGAGUCGCGGUCGUCGAGCUGUACACACAACGUGCGCUCGUCGCAGAGCCCUGGUCGAUGAAGUUGUGGUUGGCCUAUUGCGAAUGGUUCUGGUCCCUGCAUACCGACUGCCAAAACGGCGACGCCGGAUGGCCCAAGGAGGAACAGGAAGCUGGGAAAGAGAUGUUCUCUAUGGCCGCGGCGAUCAAGGUAUGGAAGCAGGGCGCCGCGGCGACAGAGUACCGAAUCAACGACAGCCAUGAGCUUUGGGAUCGAUGGGUCUCAAUCGAGCUUGCGCAUCUUGCCACCGACCCGAGGAGGGAGCAUAUCGAGCGUCUCAAGGAAAUGUUUUUUAUUCGAUUGCAGACACCCCAUGCAACGUGGGAGGAGACCUCGCAAACUUUCUCGUCAUUCCUCACGAAGUACGACCUGCCAGCUUGGGAAACUACGAUGGUCGCGAUUACAAACAAAUCGAGGGCUGCGAAGGAUCUGUACAGCAAUCGCGCAGACCAUGAGUUGAAGUUGAAACGUGCCGUGGAAUCGGGUAGUGCUGAGGCGGCCAAGUCACAGAUGCUAGCAUAUCUAGCUUGGGAAUCAAUCCAGCACUACAAGAAGAGAAAAGCAUGGGAACCUCCGAGUCCAAUGGUUCUCUUGGUUGCUUUGUAUGAAAGAGCACUCGCUGGAACCACUCUUGGAUUAGAUCCUAGCGUGUGGGAGGAGUACGUGAUUUUCCUUACCAGAAACAAGGACCAAGCCGCCGAAAACCAACUACCGCCAGUGCUUUCUGUGAUUCCCCGAGCUACGAACCAUUGCCCGUGGUCAGGGGCGCUGUGGGCACGCUAUAUUCUCUCAGCAGAGUCCGAGUCGCUCCCCUUCUCUACUAUGGAGGCGAUCAAACAUCGCGCGACCAAUACCCGUGAAUUGGAUCGCGACGGAAUGGGCAGUGUCAUCGAGUUCUACACUGCGUGGGCCGGGUACUUGAAAAGAUUGACCGAAAAUGCUGGAGCCACUGAGGAAGACAGAGAUGUUGCAGAUAUGGGUCUUCCAACUGCAUUAGAAGAUGUUCGAGAAUGGGGAAAGCGAGUGGCUGGAAGGGAUAAUUGGCAGGGCGACCCUCUGUUUCGCCUGGAGCAUAUCUUCAUCCAACAUUUGACAAGGAAACAUGCAUACGAUGAAGCUCGGAUUCAAUGGAAAAAUCUCACCCACACCGCUGCAGCUAAUGGAUACGAGUUUUGGCAACAGUACUACUUAUGGGAAAUGGUUGUCCGAGGUCCAACUGGUCCGGUCACACUGGCUACCGAUGUUUUAGCUCAAGGCGUUGCAUACAGGAACUUGGACUGGCCAGAAAAGCUGAUUGAGGUCUACCUCCGGCAUUGCAACAACUAUGAGCAAAUCGACACAUUACUAAAGGCAAUGGGAUUUACAAACCGACUAGCUCGAAACAUCGCCAACAGGCGUAAGAAAGAGGCAGAGGAUGCCGCGAUCGCCUAUGCUCAACUGCAACCUCAGACAGAGGCAGAGCCCUCGGCUGAGGGUGAGACGUCGUCUGGGGCGUCGAAGAGAAAGCGCGAAACGGCGGUGGAAAACCUCGAUCCCGGCGCCCAAAAGAAGGUGAAAUUCGCUGAUGAGGACGCACUACGGGAGCAACACCUGAAGCGUGACCGAGAGAACACAACCAUUCUUAUAGAAAACCUGCCACCUGAUGUUACUAGCACAAAAUUUAGGCAGUAUUUGAAGGAGUACGGACAUUUGAAUAACAUCACGCUGCGUACUGAGGCAGACAAGCAAUCUACGACGGCUAUGGCAGAAUUUAGUACCCACGAGGAAGCACAGUCUGCGCUCUUGCGAGACGGCAAGUACUUCGGCGAUAGGCAAAUCCGAGUCACCCCUGGGACUGGCCUGACUCUUUAUGUGACGAACUAUCCGCCCACCGCUGAUGAAAAUUACCUUCGGAAACUCUUCAAAGAAUGUGGUGAGAUUUUCAGCAUUCGUUGGCCGAGUCUCAAGGUCAAUAGCCACCGGAGAUUUUGUUACAUAUCUUUCCGAACCGUAGAUGCUGCGGCAGCGGCGACUAAGCUGGAUGGCCAGUCGCUCGGUGGUAUGUACAAGCUAGUCGCAAAACACUCUGACCCACCUAACAGGCAGAAGCGUCAAGGUGCAUUGGCAGAAGGAAGAGAGAUUCAUGUCACGAGCAUAGAUCCGAGCAUAACGCCAGACGAAUUGGAGAAGCUAUUUUCGAAAUAUGGAAAGGUUGAGAGAGUGAAUCUCUUGACGAAAGUUUCGGGAGAGAGCAAAGGGGCCGCGUUCGUGUCGUUUGCAACGAAGGAAGGAGCUGCUGCGGCUUUGGAUUUGGACAAGACAAAACUCAAGUCUAGAGUUCUCAACGUUGAGAUGGCAGGAGCCACGAAUUUUAAACCGACGGCAACGACCUUCAGCAAAAGAUCGUCUGCAUCGCCAGGUCCCGCCGGCGAUUAUGCCAUGUCACCUUCUCCGGCCGCCGCCGAAUCCCUCAACACCCACGCUCAGCAUACCUCGGGCGGCGGCAUAUCGAACCGGACCCUUUGUCUCAUGAACAUCCCCGAUACGGUGAACGACGCGCGAGUGCGUGCUCUCGCAGAGUCUUAUGGCGAAAUUCUAAAACUAUCCUUACGACUUGAUCACCAAGGAGCGAUUAUCGAGUACACGGACGCCGCAUCUGUAGGUAAAGCCGCUCUAGCUUUAGAGAACCAUGAGAUUGUUCCCGGUAGGAAGCUCAGAACGGGAGGGCUGAAAGAUCUAUUUGCGGAGAAGGAAGAGACGAGGAGUGAUCGGAUACAAGUUGGCCAGGCUAAGAUGCCAGCCGCCGGAUUCAUGCAACCGGCGGCUUCUGUUAGGAGACCCGUCGGCCCUGGUGGCAGAGGUGGCCUUGGACAGAAGAGAGGUCUAGGCUUUGGUGGUCCGAAGACUUCGGGCGAAAACAAUACACAAGUCAAUGGCCAGCAGAAAGCGGAGGGCGGCGCGGUUAAUAAGCCGAAGAGCAAUGCUGAAUUUAAGGCUAUGUUUAUGAGUGGAGGUACGCAAUAG